GCUCCGGUGCGUGUCCCCAGGGGGCCCGCUGUCGGGCGUCGGAGCCUCUGGGUCCGCAGACGAGGCGUCCGACGAGCCGGUGGUUGCCCGGGCCGCGAGGCCGGAAGACGAGGCGGGCGGGGCCGGCUGCGGGACCGCGGCGACGACACACCGAGCGAGCUCCUGGGCCUGAGGGGAGCGAUGCUGUGGUUCCAGGGCGCCAUCCCGGCGGCCAUCGCGUCUGCCAAGAGGAGCGGCGCUGUCUUCGUGGUGUUCGUGGCAGGUGAUGAUGAGCAGUCUACACAGAUGGCUGCAAGCUGGGAAGAUGAGAAAGUGGCAGAAGCGUCUUCAAACAAUUUUGUAGCUAUUAAAAUUGAUACCAAAAGUGAAGCCUGUCUGCAGUUCUCACAAAUUUAUCCUGUAGUAUGUGUCCCAUCCAGUUUCUUUAUAGGAGACAGCGGAAUCCCUUUGGAAGUAAUAGCAGGGAGUGUUUCUGCAGAUGAACUUGUUACAAGAAUUCACAAAGUCCAACAAAUGCACUCAUCUAAAGGUGAGACAUCAGUGACAAAUGACAACCAGUCAGAAAGUUCAGUAUCUACCCCAUCUGCCUCACUUGAACCUAAUGACGUGUGUGAAAAUACUGAGUCCAGGAAUACAGAGCUUUGUGAGACACCUGCUGCUUCUGACACAAAGUCGGAUACUGCAACAGGAGGAGAAUGCUCAAGUCAUGACAACCCCUCCCAGGAGCCUCAUGGAUGUUCAAACCAGAGACCAGCAGAGGAUCUCACUGUUAGAGUGGAAAGACUAACAAAGAAACUUGAAGAAAGGAGAGAAGAGAAACGGAAGGAAGAAGAACAGAGAGAAAUUAAGAAGGAAAUUGAAAGGAGAAAAACUGGAAAGGAAAUGUUGGAUUAUAAAAGAAAACAAGAAGAGGAAUUAACAAAAAGAAUGUUAGAAGAAAGAAGCAGAGAAAAGGCAGAAGACAGAGCAGCCCGGGAGCGCAUCAAGCAGCAGAUAGCAUUGGAUCGUGCAGAGAGAGCUGCUCGUUUUGCAAAGACAAAGGAAGUAGAGGCUGCUAAAGCUGCUGCCUUGCUGGCCAGACAGGCAGAAGCAGAAGUCAGAAGGGAGUCUUCUGCUCAAGACAGAAGCACCGUUGCAAGAAUUCAGUUCCGGCUGCCUGAUGGUUCUUCCUUUACAAAUCAGUUUCCUUCAGAUGCUCUGUUAGAAGAAGCAAGGCAGUUUGCUGCACAGACUGUUGGCAACACCUAUGGUAAUUUUUCACUGGCAACCAUGUUUCCCAGGAGGGAGUUCACCCGAGAAGACUAUAAGAGGAAGCUGCUGGAUCUGGAGCUCGCGCCCAGUGCCUCCGUGGUGCUGCUGCCAGCAGGACGGCCGACCACAUCCAUUGUUCAUCCUUCCAGUGGAGACAUUUGGACAUUACUGGGGACAGUGCUAUAUCCAUUCCUGGCCAUAUGGAAACUAAUUAGCAAUUUUUUAUUUAGUAACCCUCCUCCUGCACAGACUUCAGCAAGAGCCAUAUCCACAGAACCUUCAAAUCGUGCACCAUCCAACAAGUCAGAGAAAAGGGAACCAGUCCGAAAAAGAGUACUGGAAAAACGAGGGGAAGACUUUAAGAAAGAAGGGAAAAUAUACAGACUGAGGACUCAGGAUGAUGGUGAAGACGAGAACAACACUUGGAAUGGAAACUCUACGCAGCAGAUGUAGUAUAGCGAGCACAGUGUGUACAGUCAUCACUGUUUCCCUUAGGAUUCCACUCCGCUAGACUUCUGCUGGAGAAGUGGGUCUGCUUAUGUUAUCAGAACAUAUAUACAGUCUUUAUUUCUGCUUAGAAGUUAUGAGUUAAAUUUGUUUAACCUGAAAGUCAAACAUGAACAGCUGGAUGCUGGGUCCUUAUUUAGGGUAACCAGCUGCUCGCCCAGCCACCUACCAGUUCCUACUCAAACUUUACAGCUCUGUAGCCCAAUGUUUCAUUUAAACUACUUUUUGCUGCAAGACUUUUAAGCCACACAACGUAAUUGGUAUGUCAUUGGGUAAUAUGACCCUAGAGCACUUCAACUAGCUGAUCAGGUGAUAUCCGAUGUUUAGCAUUUCUCUUUGCACUCAGCAGCUGCAAACAAAAUCUUGUAGUUUUUGAUCUUACUUAAACCUUGAAUAAAAAAGUUUUCCAAAAA